AUGUCGACAACGUCGAAGAGGCCACACUCGAUUGUGACCAGUCGAGUUGCGACCUCAGCAGCCGAUUCAGCAAGCUCGCCCACCGCAUCGCCAUCCCGCACGCCUCAGCGGGGGUCAACACCAACAGGCCACACCCGCACUCGGUCAGUUCGAAGCAACACACCUGUAUCCGCCCGUGCAGCCGUGACAAGACGAGACACGGGUAUGAGUACCGCUGCGUCAGAUGCUAGAGCUGAGGCCGCUGCUGCUGUAGAGGAUCUUCAACAGCGUCUUGAAAAGGAAGAGAAAUUAUCAGAACAAUACAAGAAGCAACUCGAGGUUCUCCAAUCCAAAUUGGACGACACUACUAAGGAAGCUGCAAAGCUAGAAGAGAAGGUUCAUGAGAACGACGAGCAUAUCGAGUCGCUUCAAAACGAGAAGCGUGAGGCCACGCGCCAAAUUCGAGAGAUGGAGUCCAUCUAUGAGGCAGAGCGGAGCUCUAUUCUCAAGGAGAAGGAGGAGAUGGGAAACAGGGAGGAAGAGAUGCAAACUGUGAUACAGAGGCUGAAGGAUAGCCUGGCACAACGCAAUAAUGGAGACGAUGAUGGCCGCCCCUCAAGACAAGCAAAUGCUUCACCUUCACUCGACGGAAAUAGCUUCGCACCUCCUUCCUCUGUCCAACGCAGCGACUCACGCAAUAGUUCAAAACUUAUUCUCCAAAAAGACAAACUCAUUGAGUCAUUGAGACUCGAACUCGCUGAAGCACAGAUCAAGCUCGUCGAAUCCGAAAACCAGGGAGGCGGUAGGCUGCAAGAAGUUGAGCGUCUCCUGAUGGAAGCACGGAUGGCCAACGCUCGACUCAUGGAGGACAACGAAAGCUACCAGUUGCUCUUGCAGGAGAAGACUCUCAAGGGCGACUUUGGCCCAAGUGAUUUCGCCUAUAUGGGAUCGAACUCUAACCAGGAUGCGCUGAAUGCUCUCGAGGGAAAGACGGGUGGCUCUAGCCUCGCUGACGAGCUCUCUCUUUCUGAAGGGGCCGAAACAGAUGGCGAAGGCGAUCGACGCCGUGAAUCAGAGAUCGGUCGACGAUUCGAAUCGGAGCUCAAGUCCAUGCGGGAACAGAACAAGGCGCUUACUUUGUAUAUUAACAAAAUCAUUGAGCGUCUGCUGCAACACCAAGACUUUGAGUCGAUCCUGGAUACGUCAACCGACAUGAAACCGCCGGCAGAUACGAAUAAGGACCUUCCGCCGGCUCCAGAUAACAAAUUGGCGAACGGUCAGUCCCUACUACAACGAGCCAAAACCAUGGCCGUUGGACCGGGUAAGCCUAGGCAACGGCCCAUGUCGGUCAUGCCGCUGCCAGUCAACUAUUCAACCAAUGCCAAUCCUGACCGGACAUCUUCAGGUGCGAAUUUGACACGCUCAUCAAGCACUCGCCGUUCUCGACCCCAGAGUGAACAAUACACGGGCGCUGCAAGUCUUGUGAGCCAGAUGUACAAGGGACCAGAUGGCUCGGUUGGCCCAGUGUCACCAACUCUAGGCAACCCACGCUCUUCUCAAUCGUUCUUCACACCGUCGGGAGUGAAUUCAAACCCCAAUGCCGCGGCACGGGUUCCUAGUAGCAGCCACCGGUCCUCUGGCAACUUCCCUGGCAUGCGCAGCGAGACCUCCAGCAUCAGCGGCGACUCCGGCGAAAUCUCGACACCCCCUUCACAGUCACCUCCCAGAUCGCAUAGUGACAAGCAGACCACUUUCGUGGGGGGGAAGCCUCGGCCACUUCGACUGGUCCAGGAGAACCCAGACGCCGUCAAAGAAAACAAGCGAGCCAGUUGGAUCUCAGGAUGGAGCUGGGGCAAGAAGGAGGAGACGUCGUCGAGCAAUCCGAUCCCAGAAUAG